CAUGUACAGAGGCAUAUACCUCCCAGUCUGAUGAGCAAUAUGCUUGUCAUCUUGGAUGCCAGAAUCAGUUACCAUAUGCUGAACUGAGACGCGAACAACUCAUGUCCUUAAUGCCAAAAAUUCAUCGACUCUUCCCACUUACCCUUGUAAGAUCCUUUUGGAGUGAUAUGAUGGAAACUGCCCACAGCUUCAUUACCUCUACCUGGACUUUCUAUCUUCAAGCUGAUGAUGGCAAAAUACUGAUAUUUCAGUCCAAACCAGAUGUUCAGUAUGUACAAAGUUCUGAUCAGGAAAACCAAGAUUUGAAAGAAUCAUCUCUAGCCAAGACAUCUUUAGACUUACAGUUGGGAGGUCCACAUGCACGUAAAGGAUCUUUUGAUGAUGAAACUGAGAGUUUCUUCAAAUGUAUUUCACUAAAUUCUGGUUGGAUAUUAACAACCACUCUUCUCCUGUCUAUACUUGUGUUGCUGUGGAUUUGUUGCGCAACUGUUACUACUGCUGUUGAACAGUAUGUUUCAUCUGAGAAGCUGAGUAUUUAUGGAGACUUGGAAUAUAUGAAUGAACAAAAAUUGAAUCAAUAUCCAACCUCUGCUCUCGUGAUAGUAAAAUGUAAAGCUGAUGAACAAGAAGUGGGACCUCUGCCUACAAAAGUUAACUUAACUCAAUCAGCAAUAUAAAAUGAAAAAAAAACCAGAUUUAUUAAUCUAAUUCUUUGACUUCUGUUAAUUCUGGUAGCUUUUUAAAAUUGAAAAGGCUUUGGAGUAAGUUAGCUAAUAUUUAGAUUCAAACAAAAUUUCAGAAUCAAAGAAGGAAUGGAUAUCCAUCUCUUUCAGCAGUCAAGCAAAUCACAUGGGUACAAGGAGUUUGCAGUGUAUUUACACUUGUCUAUGUUUUCUUGGAUUACUAAAAGUCCUAAGUAUUUGUCUAUGCAUUGACAUUUGUAUAUUAUGAACAUAUGUCAGAAAAUAUAUUUGGAAUCUGUUUCAAAAAGUAAUAACUUUUUGGUAGUCAAAGGCACUUUAAGUUAUCUUAGCUGUGGAUAAAUUAAAUGAUUGUAGCAGAGCUUGCAAACUCUUUACCAUUUCAAACAUCUUUUCCACAACUAAAAAUAAAAUUUUGUUUAACCUUAUGCCUGUUUCCUCUGAUUAAAUAAUUGUGGAUAAAAAAAUAAACUUUAAUAAAAUCCCUCUA